AUGUCGCAAGAAAAGAUUUCUGUCUACAAUCUGGCGGACCUCAAGAACACGUCCGACGAUGCCAUCCCCAACUACCUCAACUCCCUGCGCUUUGUCCAGUCGCACCGCCUGGCCGAUGUGCGCCUUGCCCUCGGCUACGGCGCCCUGGCUGUUGCUGUCGCCUGUUUUCUGUGGGACUACAAGCUCGGCUUCGACAGCACCAAGUACUACUCGGCUCUCGCCGUCCUCGUCUACAUGGCGCUCAACGUCGCCCUGACCUAUUGGUCGCGCUACGUCGAGGGCGCAACCGUCUAUGUCGGCACGUCGCCCAGCGGCGAAACCAUUACCAUUGCCACGUCCGUCGAAAAGUACACACCCGUCUACAAUGUCGACAUCACCAUCACGUCCAAGUCCAAGGCUGCGGCCCAAAAGAUCGCCAUCUCCCGCCCCUUUUCCGAGUGGUUCGACAGCGCCGGCAGCUUUAUUGCCGCUCCUUUCCAGACCGUCCUUGCGACCGCUGUGCCAGCAAUUGGCCAGGCCGAUCCAAAACGUGUGGCCAGCGUUGCCCCUGCUGCGGAAGCGUCGGCAGCAGCAGCACCAGCAACUUCGUCACAACCCGCCUACAGUCCGGCCGUGCUGGAAAUGUUGGCUGCCGGAGCAGCUGCCGACGCAAGCGAGAGCGACUCGGGCGUUGCCACGGCCACAGGGACAGCUGGCAAGAAGGGUGGUAAGCGCAGAAAGGCAGCGCCCAAGGCGGCAUGA